AUGGCCCAGUCACAGUCAUUCGAUCUUAGCACUUAUGACUACGAUCCUUCGUCCCCGAUACCUUCCAAUCGAGAUGCGAGAAAUUAUGUUAUAUCAAAGGGUCCUUGUCAACCAAAAGAUUUUACAUUCCCAAGAAAUAGCAAUGGUAGGAGAUUCCUUACAGCUUGGUAUGAAAAUUUCAAGUGGCUUGAAUACUCUAAGAAGACAGACAGAGCAUUUUGUUUCUUUUGUCGCACGUUUAAUCGCCAGGUGAGAUCUUUUAUACCAACGGUAACUGGUCAAACUGGACCGAUGUGGACUGUAACAGCUUAUAUUUUGCACGUCUCCUUUUAAAAUUUUCGUAAUUUUUAUAUAAAUUAUAGUAUGAUAUAACUUUAAUAUCUUAAAUUCAUCAGUGCACAGUCAAAUCAAAUUCCCUUGUUGUAGAUGUGCAGUAGGUCCGAGAAGGCGUUCAUUACCGACGGAUUUUCAAAUUGGAAGAAACCGAAAACCUUUACGACGCACCAGAACAGCGAUGGUCACAGACUUGCCUCCGAGGGAUAUUCAAUCUGGCUGAAGCAGAAGCCGAUCGACCAACAAUUAGACGAACAUGCUAAAAUCCGGGCGAGUGAGAAAGAGAUAGAGGUAAUGUAUGUAAUGGCAUUUUUUCAAUCAUAAGCGACAUUUUAGCACUUUUAUAGAUGAAAAUGCACGCAUACGUAUAGUUUGAUAUAUUGCAUGAUUAUUCCAAAUUAAUGUCCUUUUAAGGUGAAACGAAAACGUACAGUGAUCGGGAGAAUAAUUGAUGUUGUAAGGCUGCUUGGAAGACUGAACUUACCAUUUAGAGGUCAUCGGGAAAAUCAAACAUCCACGAACAAAGGCGUUUUCAUAGAGAUAAUCGCGCACUUUUCCAAACAUGAUGCUAUCAUGGACUUCCAUUUAAAGAAUGCUAAAGGUUUGUGAUUUAAUUGGCUAUACUGACAAUUGUUUAGGCCAAAUAACUUUAAUUUAAUGUUGUACUUUAUUCGUGUAGCUGUUUUGUGCAUUCCACAGCUCUUUGUGGAACUUUGCCAGAAACUUUGAUUUAAUUAUUUGAUUCCUGAUUUAUAAAUAUUCUUCAUUCAAAAACUCUCUGUUAACUGGUUUACAUGUCAUGCGGUCAUGCUAGGCUAAGUUAAAAGUAUUCCGGCCUGCUUACAUUACUAAAGAGUUCGUUGUAAUAUUUCUAAACAGAGCUACAGUGAUAGGUCCGGUUAAUUUCACCAGGCUGAUUGACAUAAUCUGGUAAAUCCAACCAUGAUCUUUCAGGAUCACGGAGUUUGCAAUCAAUAACAUAUUAUUUUAGUUUGAUUUGAAUGUUGUUAUCUCAACAGAUAAUACAAAAUACACAAGUCAUCAAAUCCAAAAUGAAAUGAUUGAUGUAAUUGGGACGGCCAUAACGGAUGAGAUUGUCCGACGGCUGAAGGAAGCUGAGUUUUUCGCUGUUAUUGCUGACGAAACCCCAGAUACAAGCCACAACGAACAAUUUUCCAUCACCGUACGCUAUGUAUAUCAAGGAGAUGUCGAAGAAAAGUUGUUGGCUCUCAGGAUUGUAGAUCAGACGACAAGUGAAAUGCUCUUUGAAACACUCUGCGCUGUAUUGAAAUCCCACGACAUAGACGUCACUCGUCUUAGAGGUCAAUGCUACGAUGGAGCAAGUAAUGUUUCGGGCAUACGGACAGGUCUUCAAGCGAGAAUAAAAGAAAUCUCCCCAUCCGCCUUGUUCGUCCAUUGCUAUGCACACGUAUUGAACCUAGUCAUUGUCGAUGCCAUGACCAGCAACACCACUGCAAGAGAUUUCUUUGGAACCCUUCAAAACUUGUACGUAUUUAUUCAAACAUGCACGAAACGACAUGCUGUUUACACCCAGCAGCAAGCAGAGAUCCACGCAAGCAGUGGUUCUACGAAGAGUUUCCAAGUUCGUACACUGAAGAGCUUGUGCGAAACUCGUUGGGCCUGCCGAGCAAAUGCGAUCAACACAUUCAAUGCGACCAUCGGGGCAAUUGUAGGAACGUUGAAAAUCAUCCACGAAACUGAGACGAAGGCGAAGAUUGCAGCUGAAGCAAAGGGUCUUUUGAGUAAUAUUGAUUUUGAAUUUGUUUUAUCAUUGAAAGUGAGUAUACUUACAGUAUAUAAAGGACUUCAUUUUCUAAGUACAUUGCACUAUAUCGUAUGGUUCGCAUUGGGAAAACGACCAUGAAAAGUUUUGUUUUCGGUUUUGAGUUGAAAACGUUCCGUAUCAUAUAUUUUGAGUUAUAUUUCUAUUAUUUGAUACUUUUUCAGGUUCUCGACAAAGUACUUAACCUCAGCAAAGGUGUAUCAGACAAACUACAAUCAGAGGAUCUCGACGUAGUGUCAGGUUGUGACCGGGUUGAAGAUCUGCUUGUUGCCAUAGAAGAACUUCGUACCGACGACAA